AUGGAGGCGGAAGAGGGGCUCGAUCUGAGCCUGUCGCUGCGCCAGUACUCGCCGCCGAGGGUUCAGCCGGUGUUCGCCUGCGGCUACUGCCCCGCCAAGUUCAGGAGCCCGCAGGCACUCGGCGGCCACCAGAAGGCGCACAAGCUGCAGCGCGACCUGCACAGGCGGGCCAUGGCGCUCUCGUCAGCGGCGGCGGGAUUGCUUGGUAAGGCCGCCGUCGAUGACUGGAGAGCUCCGCUGCGCCCCGGCGCCCACGCGUGUGGAGCAGGAGGGAGGAUCCACCCUCGUCGACAUCGCCAGCAGGGCACGGGUAAUGGUGCGGGAGGAGCCUCGUUCGGGACAAGAAGAGGCAACGGAGAGCUUGCGGACGAGGCGAUUGACCUGUCCCUGAAGCUUUGA